AUGACGGCACUUCGCUCUAUAUCCAAGAUCCUUCGUGGGGAAACCGACUUGGAGCGGCACAGACGUCGUAUGCGAUACUAUACAUGGCUCGUCGAUGUUAUUAGAAUCGAUGGAAGCGUGACACUGCGCAUCUUGGGCCCAGUGUUGACUGUCACAUUGUUCGCCACAUUCGUUGCGACUAUGGUACAAGUAUACGGACACAACUGGAAGCUCACGAAUAACGUUGUACCCCUAUUAUCUGUCGUCGUGGGUCUCAUCCUCGUCUUCCGGAAUGGUACCUCCUACGAUCGGUACUAUGAAGGCCGCAAAGACUUUGGCACGCUUAUGUCCAAUGUCCGCAACCUCGCACGUUUGCUCUGGGUGAACGCCAACCUUCCUCACGCUUCAGACGACACCAAAGCCAAGCAACCGUCGGCUUUUAUGAAAAUUAGGGGGAAGACCUACCAACCCAGUAGCAGUAUUAAGAACCCAGUGAUUACCUCGGCUUCACUCAGAGCAGAAAAGGAGCGUGCACUCAAAUUGAUGGUCGCCUUUGUUGUAGCUGUCAAGCAUCACUUGAGGAGGCAAUUCGACAACAGGGGAUUCAAUAAGAGCGGUAAACACGGAACCAGGGACUACUCGAGGCUGAGCAACUCUUCUGCAAUCGACAUCCCAGGGAAGAAUGGCAACGCUUCAGGUCACUCACACGGAUUGAGCACUUCGGUCGGUGAUAUGGACGCUACUCUUGUUCCUGGAUCAGUUCCUCGUAGCCCGCACAAGAUCACAUUUCUUGGAAACAAGGGGGCUGCGCCUGAUUCUGAGCGAGACCCAUUGCUGAGAGGUGAAUCCACUACAGUAGAGUUUAGGCCAUAUGAUACUAGGAAGGCGUUGCCAAUGCCACUCGUAAUUGCACAUGAGUUAACUAGGUUAAUUCACAAGUUUAGGCGCAGUGGAAUCUUGGACACUAUUGGACCUGCUGGCGUUAAUGCAAUGAAUACUCUAAUUCAAAGUAUGAUCGACCAAGUUACGGCCAUGGAACGAGUAGCAAACACCCCCAUCCCUGUUUCUUACAGCAUUCAUUUGAAACAAUGUGUGACCUUGUACCUCUUCUCGUUGCCCUUCACAUUGAUUGGUGACCUCGGUUGGCGGAUGAUUCCAAUUGUGACCUUGGUCGCAUACACUUUGAUGGGAAUCGAAGGAAUCGCAAACGAAAUCGAGAUGCCAUUUGGGCGCGACCCGAGUGAUUUGCCUUUGGAUCGGUACUGUGCCGAGUUGAGAGACGAGAUUGAGUACAUAAUGGAAAACCUCGCAGAGGCGAUGAUGACCUUGAAAGUGAUGAUGAGCAUUAGUCGAAUACCCCAUAUUUUAAAGCUUUCCGAGGGAUCAAAACGCAGUGGGGUCGAGGCUACUCCCCCGACCACAACGAUGAAUCGGAAGCUCGAGCCCCUUCCGCCCGAGUCUGAUUUCCGCACGUCGUUAAUUAUGCCCAGCCUGUCUCGCCGCUUUACCUUGCUUCGCGGCCAGAACGGUGAGCCGCUGUCGAUCGACGACGUUCGAACUCGCCUUGCCAAUCAACGAGCCAACGGCCACGUCAACCAAGUCACCGAGGAAGAGGAGGAAAUCAUGAUUGACGCUCUUAUCCGAGCACACAGUAUUGAUCCUUCUGCUGCCAGUGCGAGCGAUAGCGAUGGCUAUACUACUGCUACUGCCAACGACGGCUAUUCGACUGCCAACACCAACACCAACGACUCGUAUUCGGGCUACGAUUCGCCCCAGUCGUACCGUGGGUAUGUACGUCCAGCAGCGAGGAGCAUGGUGUCUGCCAAUCCCCCGCCAAAGCGCAAAGUCACACUCUCUACCCCCAGUGUACCCGCUCGUGACGGCCCCAUGUUCGAUGCAAAGCAGGGGAAUGGGGAUGUAGUGAAUGGCACGCAGUUCGAUACAUACCUCUCCAACUCGUCGUUUUCCCCGGCCCAGAUCCGUCGCGCCUCACUUGCUCUUCAAGAUGCGAUCCAAGAAUAUGAAGAAGAAGAGGAGGACGAAAAGAUACUCGCACCUCGUAGGGGAGAUCAGCACCAGCGGGAACACGAGUCGCACGCGGGCGACAGCCCAGUCGGAUAUGGCGAGGCAAUCGCGUGGUCAAAUGACCAACCCAAGCACAUGCACCACGAUUCUCCUGGCUCUACCGCGGUCGCACCCUACCACCCCACUGGUACAUCCUCUCCAGUUUACAGGAUGGAUACCGUCAAUCGUUUGCCUGGUUACGUCCCUGGGAUGCAUAGACCCAUUACUCCGCGUGACUCGGGAGUCGAUACAGACACUAAUACUGGUACAUCAACUCCCCAACCUGUGUCCAACGCGAGCACGACGUAUGAGUACGGCUCGAAUGUUUCAUCUCCCAGUCGAACGGAGCGUACGUUACCACAGAGCAUUCUGAACAAGCGUGCAUCUACUACUAGCCCGCCUUUGCGUACCCGACCUCGCGAAUUGAGUAAUUCGGACCAGUAUGAUGGCGGUGGCUCGUCGAGCGAUACCACACAAGUACCUCUAAAGUCGGCACUUUCGGAUAAGCGUCGGCCUACAUCCCCUCUCGGGGCCAAUUCAGGCUCUUUGAGGGGCAGUCAUAUGCGCGAAAUUAGCAACAGCAAUAGUGGAUUGGAUUCUUCAGACACAUAUUACUCAAAUCAACCUCAGUCCCGCUCCCUUGCUUCCCCCUCGCUACCUGAUUCGCCUACUAUAAAUGGUAGUGGCUUGGCAAAUAUUGCAAGUUCACUGAAUGGAGCCACCACCAACGUAAUCGUUGAUGAGCCUGUCCACCGUACCUCUACCCCUCGCCUCUCUACUCUGGAGAAUGGGCAUGCCUCGCGUGGCAUGCGCCCUUACUCUCCUCACACGCGCACUGGAACCCCUAACGCUAAUACUCGACGAACGGGUGGCCACUCCAGGAAUGGUUCGCUCGCAGAUACGACUAUAUCUGCUGGGCGCCGUUCGCCCAGGGCCUCCCAGGCUCAUUCGUCGUCCUCUGCAACGCGCCCGAACCCACUCAUGAUGUCGCCCAUGCUCAAUUCAUCUCGGUCUUCACUGGCUUCCACGGGCUCGAGCUAUCACUCCUGGGACGAAGACCAACUCGGUGGGAAAAAGCCUCAUAAACGUGGCGUUAGCGUGUUUAUUGACAGCGAUAGCGCACCAUGGAAGAAGUCACGAAGCGGGAUUGAUGCCGACCUUGAGAUGGAAAGUGCCCCUGCGCCGGAGCACAUGAGGGAUGUUUUGGCCGGACUGUCGAUGCAAGACUUGAUCGCAGUCCAGAACAAGUUGGUUUCGGUUGCUGUCAAGAAACGAGUGAGUGUGCCCGGCGUGAGGCCGCUCUCUGGCCCUAGAAGGAGGCGGGCAUCGGCUGGGCAGUCGGUCGCGUCUUUGGCGACUCCCACAGAACCAGAAAUUGCGUCGCCUGCUAGAGUAGCUAGCCCUCUUUUGGGUGCCCAAACGCCCCCUCCCAAUCCCAUCCUCACGCCACCUCCUCCUGCCACUCCACCAAUGACCAAGUCCGCAGAGGAUCAAGCAAAGAAGGCCAAUGCGCUCUUGCAUGCCAUGAUGGACAGCAUCGAAUCGUCGCCUCACAAAAUGACCACACCACCCACGACGGCCCCAUCCUCUGUGCCAUCACCCUCUCCUCAACCUCAGGCGCUCGCUCCGCAGACUAGCUUCUCGUCAGAGGAGCCCCAAUCGGUUACUCCGCCAACCCCAGAAGAAGAACCUAUAACGCCAGAUACACCUGUGCCGGACCAAGAUCAACGGCAAAAGGCACUUGCCGAUGCCUUGUUUGGGAGUGACUCUGAUGCAACGGUCAAGGACCCCAACCCUGGGUUCGGGCGAAGCCAGAGCCUACGGGCCUUUGCGAUGCCGCCGGUGUCCUCCUCUCCUCCUCCGGACGCCGAUGUUUCCCCAGCACAAAGCAAGUCGACACAAGAUGACUCGUCGUUGGCGGAGGAAAUUGAGCGACGGGCAAUGGCCGCUACGGCUGCGCUCAAGAGCGCGUCGACUCCCCGCUUGAACGACGGAACCAAUGGGCGCAAAGCAGGCAAAAAGGUCAAUCCGAGGCAGAUUUCGAGCCCGCAGUUGGUUUCUGCUACGACGAGUGUGGAUACCAUGGGACUUGCUGCUGCUGCCGCCGCCGCAGGAUCCAACCCGUCCACCCCACAGCAGACCGCUCAGACGUCGUUACCGCAUACCCAGUCCAAGCUUAGCCAAAGGAUCAAGAAGUUUACGGGUAACUUGAGGCCGCGCGCACCAAUUCCGACAGGAGAGGAGAUUUCACCAUACGUGGUUGAUGUGUCGACGCCCCCCAGCACCGAGCCAACGCAACUGAACUUGGGCAAUCGUCUGCCCUCUGGGCCUACAGCCACAGCUUCACGAGUGCCAUCUAAUCCGGAGCCUAAAUCCGCCCCACCUACCACCGAGUCUCCUAUUAACACUCCAUCGACCCCCGACGGCUCUGCACAAUCCUCAGGUGGAACGCCUACCUCUACUCAGCCCCGUCUUCGUGGUUUUAUGGCUAGGCUACGCAAAGGUCGCAAAGAUUCGACCGUGGGUACUGGCGAGAAACCCCGUGCUCCUUCACCACUAGGACCAAACAACCUAAAGCCAAUUCCAGCUCCGCCACAUAUUCCAGCAGCCAUGCUCAAGCUCCAGCCAGUGCCUAUGCCUGAGAAUAUGAGCACGAGCUCGUUGGGUGGAUCGGCCACGGGCAUAGAGGCACCUCCGCCCCCUCCACCGCCUCUAUCUGCACCGCAAUCAGCACCUGCAGAUAUGAGUACCGGGUCCAUUCAUACGCCGGCCUCAUCUCAGCAAGUAGACGAAGAAGCUCUUCGUCGACUGUACGAUGCUGCAUCACAACUAGGCUUGGACCAUUCUGCGAUCAACGAUAUCCUUGUGCGAUCCCAGUCGACUUCGUCUCGAUCAACUGGUUGGACUCAGGCUUCUCCUAUGACACCUACUUCCCACACAAUCGACGCAGCGCCUGCCCCUUCUUUGCCCUCAGUUCUGGAGCGAUCCAUGUCAGUAACUACACCCAAACCACCACGCCCAAACCCUGCGCUCGGCCGUCAACUAUCAUUAAAACCUUACAAUGGUCUACCGCUCCGCCCUACUCCUUCUCAAGAGGAAUCGACACCACGCGCGAGCGUUGUGCGCCGUACUGUCAUUUUCCCAACUCCACCCGGGCGUGCAUCGUCUGAAAUGAGCCGACGACCUUCGUCCAGACACAGACGCAAUCGUUCCGGAUCGGUCCAUUCGAACAAAUCGUCGGUGCAGGACCGAACUCCUACGCCUCCUCCCUCCCGUGCGCCUAUUAACAAGCGAUUUUCGAAGGACGCUUCUCCACCCGUGCCUCAACUACCCAACGGGAUUGAAGGGAGCGUAACUUCAACGCUCCAGGUUCCCAGGUCCGGCUCUGCGUUCAGUGUCAACAACUACGAUUCUUUCUACGAUAUGUAUGCAGAGGAUUCUGAGGAACAACAGCCAGUGGGGUCUGCCGUCGAAGUAUUGGAAUUGUCGGAUGGACAAAUUGUUUGGUCUGUUGUCGACGGCCUGCGAUCCACAGAUGACGAUGAAGGAGAUGACACGUUCGCUCAACUGAACCGAACCUCCGAGUAUUCGGUAAACGAAACCCAGCAGCUCAGGUUCCGCGAACAUCAACGUUCUGCCUCGAAGACGUCCACAUCCAAAGCCAGCAACGAACUUACGCCUAAACGUCCUGAGACGCGAGUGUUUGUCAGCAACGCCGGGGAUAUUGGCACACUCCUUGACUCGCUCACCAAAAGUUAUGAAGCUGGCCAAUUUAACAUUGUUCCAGGCGUUCCAGGAGCCUUGGGUCAUCUUCGACCUAUCUCCGGGUCAGCUUCUGGCCCGAAUCAAUCUGGAUCCCUCUCUGUUCAAUCAGGCUCAAUCUCAGCCAACUCGUUUGGUAGUUCUUUUAAUUCGGAUGGCGAUUAUACGCUUGAGGAACGUCUUGAUCAAAUGAUCACUUCCAGCCGAAGGCGUGCCGGUCUUUGA